GCCGCCUCGGAACCGCCCCAGAAGCGGCGUAGAUAUGUGCCUGGAGGCCCUGGCGGCGGCGGCCGGUAUCUGGACGCCGACUCCAUCCAGACGCCCAACACGGCCCGCACCACCACGGGCUCGCGAUCCCGAACCUCGACCGCCCGCCUCGCCCUCAACGGUGCCUCGCCCUCCAUGCCCCCGCGGCGGGAGCGGAGCACGCGGGCCCGGGCUGCUGCCAACGAAGACAGCGAUGAGAUGCGAUGGGGGUCCGCCGCCGCCAUGGCUGCCUCCGUCAAGCAGGCCGAAGACUACAAGCCUCGCGAGGAGCGCAGCUGGGAGGAGUUCCAUCCAAACCUUGAUAUAGACCUGCCCUUUGUCAUCUUUGCCGCCCACGACGUCGACGGGGUCGCCGUGCACGAGGCGCCCAACACGCCCGCGGUGGAUGCGCCGCUGCCUGCCACGCCGCAUCUGGACGCCAUGACGCCGUCCAGGCCCGUCAACCCAGCCUCGACGGGCAACACGCCCAACCCGCAGGCAGCGCGCGGCCCAGAUGGCGACGUUGACGACUCAGCUGCCGGGACCCCAUCAUCGAGACGCCCUCGCCGAUCCACCCGCGAGGUCGUCAGCUUCUACAACGUCCGACCCCUCGACUUUGCUCCCACGCCCAAGACCCCCAAGAUCCUCCCCAUCCAGAACCAGACGCCAAAGGAGCGCCUCGACCUCAAACUGCCCUCAUACAGAAAGACCAACCGCAUCGAGUUGUUUGAAAGCAAGACUUUUGGCCAGGCGCGCUAUGUUGAUAAGGCCAUGAGCAACGUUGGCUACCAGGAAAGCGACAACUUUAUCCGAUCCGAACGCACGCUUAUCAAGGCCACCGACAGCAACGCAGACGACGAAUUUGAGCAGUAUUCGGUGGCUGCCGGCGACGAGCACGCGCACCAGUCCAGGCUUGGCCGUGUCGAGUACGACAUGGACGAGCAGGACGACAUGUGGCUCGAGCAGUACAACGCCCAGCGCAAGGCCAACGAGCUGCAGGCCAUUACGCGCGAGAUCUUUGAAAUCACAAUGACCAAGAUUGAGAAGGAGUGGCACGCCCUCGAGCGGCGGAUACCGAAACCCAACCCCAAGCCGCCGCAGACGCAUCGGCCGCGGUCCAGCUCGGCCGUGGCCGUUAACGGCGAGACCCACGGCGGCGAAGAGCCGGACAGCAAGUGCGCCAUAUGCGACGACGGAGAUUGCGAAAACACAAACGCCAUUGUCUUUUGCGACGGCUGCAACCUCGCGGUUCACCAAGAAUGCUACGGUGUGCCUUUUAUUCCGGAGGGUCAGUGGCUUUGCCGGAAAUGCCAACUGUGCGGUCGCGGAAUUCCAACUUGCAUCUUUUGCCCCAACACAGACGGCGCCUUCAAGCAAACAAACUCGUCAAAAUGGGCCCAUCUACUCUGUGCCAUGUGGAUUCCCGAAGUGUCUCUAGGAAAUCACACCUUUAUGGAGCCUGUCAUGGAUGUCGAAAAGGUCCCCAAGACCCGGUGGAAGCUCACCUGCUACAUCUGUCGGCAGAGGAUGGGCGCCUGCAUCCAGUGUGGCAACAAGAACUGCUAUCAAGCCUUCCACGUCACCUGCGCCAGAAGGGCCCGGCUAUUCCUUAAGAUGAAGACUGUCCAGGGCACUCUGGCUGUCCUGGACGGCAGCAUGGUUCUCAAGGCAUUCUGCGAUAAGCAUUGCCCACCGGAUCACGCCCAAGAGAACCAGGUCCAUCAGGCAACGCGAGCCGCCAAGAAGUUCUAUAAGAGGAACAUGCGCGGUCGCAUCUGGGCCGACAACCAAGCCAUGGCCAAUGUCAUUGCCGCGCAGCAUCGCACUGCCAUCACCGAACAUCCGCCCGACGAAAGCCAGAUGACGGGGGCUAAGAACCUGGCGAUCCUGGGCGACAAGAAGAAGGGCCAGCCUCCCAAGAAUCUGUGGAAGCUGCCGUCGGGAGCGCCCAUCAUCCCCCAGGUCGUCUUCGACAUUGUCGAAGCAUCCAUCCAGCGCUUCUCCUUUGGCAAGCGCAAAGACUUCCUCAGCGAGGCUUGUCGCUACUGGACCCUGAAGAGAGAGGCACGUAGGGGUGCCGCGCUCCUCAAGCGGCUGCAGCUGCAGAUGGAGUCGUUUUCCUCCAUGGAGCUGACGAGGCGCAAUUUUGCCGCCAUGGGUCCUAGCGGUAAGGCAAGACUGGCCCGUCGCAUCGAGUUUGCCCAAGGCAUCAUUCACGAGCUGGAGCAGCUCAAGUCCAUCGCCGCCGACAUUGUGCAGCGUGAACAGCUCAAGCUGGAGGCUGCCGAGCUGGAACAGGACUUUGUGGACGAGUGCUACUUUCCAACGGCCAAGCUGUUGGUGCCCGUGGUCGAAAAGGCUAUCUCGCUGGAUAAGGGACUCUUCACAGCCGGCUUGAACGAACUGCAAGCCAGCGUCGACAAGCGGGUAUAUGUCAACACUCUGGCUUUUGCACAGGACCUUGGCGAAGUCAUCAGCAAGGGCAUCUUGAACCCGCCCGAACUCUUAAAUUCCGCCCACCGCGCCUCAGCGGAAGGGGAGGUUGGCAACGAUGACAGCGGUGCCAACAUCAGCACCAACUCCAUCGCUGUAUCAAUAUUCUCAGACAUUCGAGAGCGACGCAAGCUGGGGAAGCGCAUUCUCAAGGCGGUACAGCCGUUGCUUGAAGCGUCGCUGCAGGUCGAGGCAGAAAUUUCCACCAAGCCGUCUGAGGGAUUGCAGAGGGAGCUGGAGGCCCUUCUCGAAGCCAGCACCGAUAUUGGGCGGCAAUCCAACGCAACGGGUCACCUCGCAAACGACUCGGCGGCUGAAGACACCAUUAUGCUGGACGCGCCUGACCCGUCCUCCGAGGCCCAACCUUCCAUUAAGAGUGAAUCCUUGGCUGGCGGGAGUGUUGUUGUUUCCAACGCCGGCGACCUCAUGGACACUGGCGAGAAUGAAGAUGACGGUGAAGACAGUGGCCGUGUGGUGGAGGAGGAAGGCGACAGCAUCGAGGUCAACACCGUGGGGCUAGGCAUCAUGACGGGCCGAUCCUCGGGGGGCCUCGGCAUAACCACCGAGAUGAACAUUAAAUCGGCGCGGAUCAACUCGGCGGCCAUCUCCUCCGAGACUCCUCCCAACAGCACGAGCAGCUACGUCGUCAUGUCCCGGCCAUCUCAGGAUGGGCCGCCGACCCCACCGCAGAGUAAUGGAAGCCUGGGUAACGAGUCGGCCGAUCCUCUCUCGGAGGGAGGCGUCCUGUGGUAUCUCAAGGCGCUCGAGCCGCACGGCACGUCUAUUCUCGAGGAGCACUGGGCCGCUGGUCGAGAUGCGGUGCGGACGCUCAGCGAGGAACUGACAGAUCUUGAUGACGAAGACUUCAAGGACCUCGGGAUCGACAUUGACGAUGCGGUGGCGGCUGCGGUGAUGGACACAGAGGAGCCCAAAGGGGCUUCGAGCGGAGGGAGCGCCAAGAAUAAGGCGAGUAGAAUAAAGAAACGAAGAGCGACUAGACGGCGGUAG